AUGACCUUGCAGGACACGACCCGCCCCCUCCUGCCCUUUAUAUUAUCGAUACCCUCUGCCACUAGCGUCACAACUGCAUCACUCGCAAGCAGUGUCCUAGCGGUUCCAGCUCCCCGCACCGGCCUGGAGGGCAGACUCCGUACGCGGUCAUUGCAGCGCCAGUCACAUCCUCUUGCACCACUUCCACUUGACACAUCCACCAAAGAGGAGUCCAGACUUCUUGAACCUGACGAAAAUACUACCCAUGUUACAUACAGCAGUAAUUGGGCGGGCGCAGUGCGCGAGCAACCACCUCCGCAAGGCACGUAUUCUGCCGUGUCGGCAACCUUUCGCGUACCAGAACCCACGGCGCAAGGGGGUAGUGGAACGCAGGCUGGAUCGGCCUGGGUCGGGAUAGAUGGCGACACAUACAGCAACGCCAUUCUCCAAACAGGAGUCGACUUCUACGUGGAAAACGGGCAGACGUAUAACGAUGCCUGGUAUGAGUGGUAUCCAGACUAUGCAUACGACUUCGACCUGGAUGUGAGCACAGGUGACACAAUUGUCGCCAAGGUGGAAGCCAUCUCGCCGAGUCAAGGCGUAGCCACAAUCGAAAACAUAUCAACAGGGAAGAAGGCAACGCAGACGAUCAAAGCCCCAGCUGCGACAGCCACUCUUGCCGGACAGAAUGCCGACUGGAUCGUGGAGGAUUUCCAGUCUGGCGACUCAAUGGUCGAUCUGGCUGGCUUCGGCGAAAUCAGCUUCUGGGGCGUGCAAGCACAAGGGGGAGGGUCUACAUGGGGUGUAGAUGAUGCGACUAUUGUCGAGCUGAAGCAGGGCAACCAGGUGUUGACGGACGUGGACGUGCAAAGUGACUCGGCCUUCACCGUGUCAUAUACGAGCUAA